AUGCCCGGUUUGACCUUACAUUACCCCGAUAUUGUCAACUUCACGUCGAUUCCAGUGCACGAACAAUACAAUAUGUUGUUUGCUUCAAGAAAAACAGCAUUGUAUCUGAAAAUGUUGGACAUGAAUGGCAAGUUCAAUAUCGAUAGUGCAGCUACGCAUAAUGGGGACACUGUAAUUUAUUGGAAUGGAAUAAUCGAUAAAGAAGUGCGCUUCUUGGUACCGGUUUCAGGAUUCUAUUGUGUCUAUAUUGUACCGGAUAGCGAACAUUGGAGUGAUUUUGAAUUGCGAGUGGAGUUUAAACAGCAUUACGGAAACUUGAACCAUGCAAAAUACGUAUAUUACACAGGAGUGAAAACAGCUCUUGCAAUUGCGAUCACAACUCUAGGUGCCAUGUUGCUCUAUUCGCAAAGAAGAAACAGGCAGGGUAGAUCUCACCACUUAAGCUUUGUCGAAGGUGUGACGAAAUCGGUAAUCUACUUGACCUUGAUUCCUUUCAUCUUUGCUUACUCAAUUGAGUUUAUGAGAUUAGCUUUGCAGAAGUGUCUGUUUGCAACUUAUGAAAAACCAGACCACAUCUGGCCUUUUGAGCUUGCUGGCCUCUUAGCAAGGCAUCUUGAACUCGUGUGGAAGUCACAUGUGAAACUUUUGUUUUCAAUGGGACUAGGUGUCGCCUACUGUUAUGACCAACGGUCGCCAAAUUACGAAAAAUUCCCCGUCAAGUGGUGGUACAGAACAAGUACAAUUUUUGUGCUUCAAGCAAUGGUCAUAAGUGUUACAGAUUUUUUGCAAGUGAGUAAUUCGCAAGGAAGUGACCUUCCCAUGCUAGGGCAAAUUGAAAACAGUCCAAAAUCUGGUAUAUUUUUACCAGUUUUUGGAAAGCUAUCUGACGACAUUUACUCCGCUUUGUCACUCUUCUUUUGUUACAGGACAAUCAAGAAGUUGUGUGCAAUGCAACCAAAAGUGGACGUUGGUAGAGUUUUGGCAUUCCUCGUAUCAAGUUUCAUCUUAAUGAAUCUGCGAGAUUACGUAAGAAGUGCAGGUAUGGCGUUAUUGAAACAUUACACUACUGACUUUGGACGUCACGAAGAGCCAAAAAGCUUGCCCCCAAGAACUAAAUUUGAAGCUCAAGUCAAACUACUAUUUGAAGGCAUUUCAAUUGGCAGAGAUAUCGGCAUACGCUGA